UCCGGGACUUGAGGAGCCUCGUGCACGUUCCCAUCAUCUCAGAUGAAUGAAUCUCAAUGAAGCCACUGUCGCCUCUGGUUUUACACCAGCACCUUUGCUCGUGCUCGUGCUGGUCCUGGUUCUCCAGGCUGGUCCUGCUGCUGGAGACCGGACCUCGGACUCCUCAUGAGUCUGAACCGGACACUUGGGUCCGAACUCUGCUGAAAGGACCCCGCUCGGUCAGCUGUGGUCAUGGGAAGAGCCUCCGACUCUGAGGAGAAGAAGAUCCACACGUUCUCCACGUUCUCUACGUUCUUCAUGUUCUUCAUGUUCUCCACGUUCUUCAUGUUCUUCAUGUUCCAAUCUCCCUCGUGGUGUAACCAUCACAUGGCGUCACCUUGACCAACGACCGUCCAGACUCCAUUUGUCCUCGACCUGGAGAAUCCUGUGGAUGGUUCCUCACAGCCUGUUCUGCUGAGUGUCGUCCUGUGAGAGUCUCAGCACCUUCUUCAACAUGGCAGCCGCCCCGGACGCCACCUGCUUGUCGGAGCUCAGCGGAUUCCCCAACAGGAACAUCAGCUUCGUCUCCGGCCCCCGACCCUGCAACCGCAGCGCCGUCAGGACCCCGCCCUACACGCCACAGGCCACCGCAGCCUUUGCGAUAGCCAUCACCUUCAUGAUGGUCGUGACGAUCGUCGGGAACAUCCUGGUGAUCAUGGCCGUGCUGACUUCUCGAUCCCUCAAGGCGCCUCAGAACCUUUUCCUGGUGUCGCUGGCGGCGGCGGAUAUUCUCGUGGCCACGCUCAUUAUUCCCUUUUCUUUGGCAAACGAGCUGCAGGGCUUCUGGGCGUUCAGCUCCAUGUGGUGUGAGAUCUUCCUGGCGCUGGACGUCCUCUUCUGCACCUCCUCCAUCGUGCACCUGUGCGCCAUCGCUCUGGACCGCUACCUGUCGAUCUCCCGGCCCGUGUCCUACGGCGCCAAACGUACUCCCUCACGCAUCAAGGCCGGCAUCAUCGUCGUGUGGCUGAUCUCUGCCGUCAUCUCCUUCCCUCCUCUUCUCACCCUGGAUAAGAGUGAAGGAGGAGAGGAGGUUUGUGAACUGAACAACGAGCGCUGGUAUAUUCUUUACUCCACCAUUGGGUCCUUCUUCGCCCCCUGUGUGAUAAUGAUCCUGGUGUACGUCAGGAUUUAUCAGAUCGCUAAGCAGCACACGCGCUGCUCACCUGCGCACAAGCAGAAGGUGGUGGCAGCCAGCGAGCCUGUGAGGAGGCUCUCUGAGAAGUUCCAGCAGAACGGGGAUCAGGGAGCUGAGACUACCGGCCGGCGAGGAAUCACCGCGGCAUCUUGCUCGGACUCCACGCCGUCAUCGCCUCAAAGACCGCCCGAGACCACCAGGGGCCAGAACCCUCAGCACUGCCCUCCACACCCGAGUCUUACCCCACCGAAGAAGUCCUCCUCGUCAGUCCCUCAGCGCGACAGCCAGACCUUCUCAGGCCAGUCACAGGAACAUCCUGAGGAAGGCGGGGGAGCGCCCGACAACACCUCCAGCUCCGGCUCUGAGCUGGAGGUCGGACUGGAAGGGGUUCUCAGAGAGGACGACGGAGGAGAGACCAGCAAAUCCAACGAGCGAGCUUCGAGAUUGAAAGGCAAAGGAUUUAAAGUUCAGGUGCUCAACCUGACCAGCAGACACCAGAGCACCAUGACCACAUCAUCCGGCACCCAACUGGCCCCUGAGGAACCCCCCAGAACACCUCUGAACCAGGGGGCGGCCGUCUGCCGGCGCAAAGCCCUGGUGAACCGGGAGAAGAGGUUCACCUUCGUCUUGGCCGUGGUGAUGGGCGUGUUCGUGAUCUGCUGGUUCCCCUUCUUCUUCUCCUACUCUCUUCAGGCCGUGUGUCCUGAGACGUGCACCAUCCCCAACCCUCUGUUCAAGUUCUUCUUCUGGAUCGGCUACUGCAACUCCUGCCUCAACCCCGUCAUAUACACCAUCUUCAACAAGGACUUCAGGAAGGCCUUCAAGAGGAUUCUGUGCCGGGACACCAAGGGCACGUUCUUCUGAGGAGGAUCAUGAUGAGAUCUGUGGACGGACACAAAACAGAAGCUCCUCUGUGUCUGCACGUGUUGGACCAGGAUCGGCCUCCAGCUGCAUCAACACAAACACUUGUGCGUUAAAGAAGAACUUGUGUUUGUUUCUCUGUGUGUUGCUGAGUCAGAGCCGACAGAGGAGACUCAGAAAGACACAAGCGGCCAAAUCAAUUAUCUAUAAUGUUAUCUGAGAAAACAGUGUAAUUGUGUGGUCAGUGACUCUGAGGAGGUUUAUUAGAUUUCAUCAUGAAGCGGAAGUGGAGAAGACACGGCUCUGUGUUCAGUGACCUCCGUCCCAACAGAGGACGAUGGUGCGUGAGGACGUGUGGACGCAGAGGACGAGUGUCCUGAGGGUCUGACUGGGAGACAAUCAACUUCUUCUUCAAAAUGGACCGCCAUGACAUGACCAGUGUCUCUCACCUUCCUUUACUCCCUCCUCCAUUUCAACCUGUGACUGCAGGUGGGCACAUCUCCUGCUGCCUGGGAGCCGGUGAUGUCACAGCUCUCCCUGGGAGCCGGUGAUGUCACAGUUCUCCCUGGGAGCCGGUGAUGUCACAGCUCUCCCUGGGAGCCGGUGAUGUCACAGUUCUCCCUGGGAGCCGGUGAUGUCACAGCUCUCCCUGGGAGCCGGUGAUGUCACAGCUCUCCCUGGGAGCCGGUGAUGUCACAGCUCUCCCUGGGAGCCGGUGAUGUCACAGCUCUCCCUGGGAGCCGGUGAUGUCACAGCUCUCCCUGGGAGUUGCUCAUCGAGGUGAAGAACAGCUGAGGUGGCACGAUGGAAACUGAACAUCUGAGACUGGGAGCUGAGCUGGUCACAUCCCAUCCAGCUGUCCUCUUCCUCGGGGGUUUUAUGCUCCUCUUCACUAAGAAGGACGUGUUUCAGGUUUUCAAUAAAUAAAAUAACACUAUUUCUGAUCAUAUCCAAUUAAAUUCAAUACCUGGAAGAACGACAGAAUACAAGGAAUAAGGCUUUUGACUGUAGUUCAUGAAUCAAUUAACAUUUAAACAAUAAUUGAGAGACCGGGCCCACGGACCCAGGAGGUCAGAGGUCGACCGGAGGUCUGGAUUUAUUUGCUGUAAUAAUUGACACUCCUCCUCCUCCUCCUCCUCCUCCUCCUCCUCUUCCUCCUCCUCCUCCUCCUCCUCCUCUUCCUCCUCAUCCUCAUCCUCCUCCUCCUCCUCCUCCUCCUCCUCCUCCUCCUCCUCC